GAAUCUGUUUCCAGCUCAUGUGAUGCUCCAUCAGUCCUGCCGCACAGGAAGCUGCAGACUCUCUUUUACGACAAGAUGUGUACGAACUCUACCCCAGUGUGGCAAGCGCUGCAGGCCUUUGACACCACCCACUCUGGCCUGGUAAAACAGGAUGUCCUCAGGGCCGUUCUUAGCAGCUUUAUAUUUCCCAUGAACCCUCACUCCUUCCAGAAGCUGACUAGCCGCUAUGGUGUAAGAGCAGCAGGGCCGGUGAGGUGGAAACACUUCUUGGGACACUUCAUGAGCCCACUCAAAGAAGACCCCGACGUGAAUCUUCAGUCCGACAGGGCUUUGGAGAAGCCUCUCCCAGAUGAAGACAACUUCUAUAUUGAGAACAUUUACCCUCGACUGAAAGAGAUCUUCCAUCUGGUGGACACGAAGGAUGCAGGUUGGAUCACUCGAGCAGACAUGCGACAUUUACUGGAGAGACCAGGUGGUACCCAGCCCCAAACACCCCUACCUCGUCUUCGUCCAACACAGAUUACAGAGCUGCUCAAAAUACUAGACCCAGGACACACCGGGGUCAUCCAGCUGGCUAGCCUGGAGAAAAUCAACCCCAGCAUCACCUCUUCUCCCUCCCCUGUUAACCCUGCUGAACCCCUGGAUGAGACAGAAGACACUGCUGAGCAAGAAAAAACACCAGAUGAAAAGCAGACAACAGAGUGUUCUGAUAAAGUGUCUGUGGCAUCUGCUUCAUGGAGAACCGUGGAGAAUUUACUGCUGGACAAGUUGUGCGAGCAGCUCAGUUCAGUGCUGGCGGCUCUGAAGCUGUGUGACCCUCAGCAGACGGGACACGUCACACAGGAAGAUCUGAAGAAGGUCUUAAGCCUCUAUGGCAUGCCCAUCUCAGACACACACUUCAAGAAGCUCUGUGAGACCUCCAGCUCAAGACCUGGGAGUUCUUCUGAGCUGGUUUAUUACACUGGCUUUCUCAGAAACCUGGGAGUACCACUAACAGAGGAGACAUGCUCAUCCCACAGUGAGAGGCCAUGCACAUCACCUCAGUUGACCUCGCAGUCAGUCAGGACACAGCGGCCUCCCUCCUGCCUGCAGGUCAGCCCAGACACCUGCAACAUACUGGACAUUGUUUUCCGGAGAAUGAGAUCGAAGUUAGAGCAACGCCAUGCCAGCCUGACUGACCGCAUCCAGGCCAUCAUCCACAGCUCUGAUGACACGCUGACGGAGACAGAUGUACGAAAAAUACUAGAGGACAGCUGGGUCAUCCUGGACGAUAAGAAUUUCAACGAGUUCACUGAACUGCUGGGCUUCAGGGAUGGACGGAUCGAGCGCUCGGCUUUCCUGGCGAAGUAUGAGGAGGCCACAGGCAGAGACGGGCAGCAGAGCUCUGAGGGUCACGGUGAUAAGCAUGAGGUCGACCACCUGCUUAUUUCUGCCGAGCAGUGCCUGGCUGCCAUGAAGACUAGGAUUAAGAUCAUCCACGGGGACAACCUGACAGCGUUCCGGUGGAUGGACAGGAAGCGCAGAGGUGUGGUCGAUUGCCAUGAUUUCAAAAGGCUUUACAGCAGCCUGGGGUUCCUCUGCAGGGAGGAGGAGUACCAGCGGCUGCUGGAUCUGAUUAGCCUGCAUCCCGGAGGCAACCUCAACUACGCAGAAUUUGUUGAUGUUGUUGAAAAUAAUGGCAAACGCAAAGAAGGGAUGCAAUCAGCAAAUGUACUAGAGCAGCUCCAUGCACUCCUCGCCUCUGAAGCACGCUACAAGUGGGCAGACAUGUCUAAGGUGCUGUGCCAGUUUGACACGGACGGCCACGGUUGGAUCCAUAAAAAGAGCUUGAGGGGACUUCUGUUCACCUAUGCCCUCCCUAUGAGAUCUGAUGAGUUUGAGCAGCUCUGGUUGAGGUACGACCCAGAGAGGCAGGGCUGUGUAGCGGUUUGUGACUUCCUCGAAAAGCUGGGGUUUCAUCACGAGGGGGAACUCAUGCCUCAGAGCCAGAGGCGGAACCAAACUGCUGCCCAACAGGACACUGACAGACCAGUUUCCUCCGAUACUGCCUCACUGGAGUGUAUAAAACUGACCCUGCAGGAGAACUAUGAGGGGCUGAGCAACUCCCUGACUCACCUGGAAACGAGGAGAGACGGCACAGUGACAGUGGAACAGCUACUGAGUCUGUUACAAACCCACAGCUGCUCCAUCCAGAGAGAGCAGCUCGUAAAUAACCUGCGCAGGCUCAAUGUUUCCUUGGAUGAAAACUGCAGGCUAGCUUACAUGGAAUUCCUGUCGGCACUUGACCAAAAAGCAGAGAAGAAGGAUGACCCUCCACCAGCUUCCCCUGAUGCUGUCCGACAGAUAGAGUCUUUGGACAGCCUCAGUCCAGGCAUGGCGAUGGCUAGGAUGCGGGAACUAGUCACUACCUCAGCGCCUAAUCUGCAAAAGGCAUUCCUGGCCUUUGACCGGGGCAGGACAGGGAUGGUUAAAGCUCUGGAAUUUCGUCAGGUGCUGGAUAGUUUUUGUGCCCGCCUGUCAGACAAACAGUACAGAUAUAUGCUGACUAAACUGGAGCUGGACUGUGAGAACUGCACUGUUAACUGGAAGGACUUCCUGAACAAGUUUCAGUCACAGAGCACACUGGUGUCAGCAGACAGGUGCCUGAGCAGGACCUCAGAGCAAGGGACUAAAACCAGAUUAAUUAGUCAGACCAAGCCCCCUGAAAUUGCAGAGCAUCUUCAGCAGAUCCAGGAAGUCGUCUCAGGUCACUUGUAUGAAAUCACCAAAGAGCUGAUGGGUAUGGACCCUACGAACAGCACGACAGUCUCUAAAGAGCAGUUCAGACAGCUCUGUGAUCGCCACUGCCUGAGACUCACAAAUGAUCAGUUUGAGUGUGUGUGGAGUCAGAUGCCUGUGAACGAGCAGAAGAAGCUGCAGUACAGAGAGUUUCUGAAGCGUUUUGGUGUUCUGGGCAGAACCCCCCAAACAGAAGUAGGGGUUCCCACCAAUGGCGUCCCAUCUCCUUCCCCAGAGCCCAGAGAAACAGUGUCAGCAACAAAAUCUUGUUGCUCAGAGAUUACAGGUCCCAUUCUGCAACGCACGAAGUCUGCCCCCCAGUGCACCUCCAGGCGUUCUGCCUCAACGGGAAGGCCGGAAACAGGAAGCCUGCUGGGCAGCACAGAGAGGAGGCUGCGCGGGGAGGUGCAGCGCUGCUGGAAGGAGAUCCAGAGGAACUGUACCGAAGAGGAUCCUCAGCAAGAGGGACACAUCAGCACAUCCUCCUUCCUGCAGAUCCUCCAAUCCCUCAGCAUCUGUAUGACUCAUGAGCAGUUUGAACAUCUGGCUGUGAAGUUUGACAUCAUGAGUAACGGCUUUGUUUCAUAUCACAAAUUCCUUCGUCACUUCCUCCUGAACCUGAAACCAGCUGAGACCAAGGGGGCCUUUGAGCGACGUGAACUCCCUCUACCCGUUACACCGACGAUCCAGGGUGUUCUUAGCAAAGACUGCGUGGAGGUCAUGCUGAGGAUCUACGAGGUGGUUCGCUCCUCCUGGACCUCCAUCAGACGCUACUUCCUGACAUCUGACCGUGCCCACUCAGGGACUGUCUCCGUGCAGGACUUCAGGAAGGUGCUGCGCUACUUCAAUGUGAAUCUGUCGGAGGAGGAGUUCUUCCACCUCACCUCUUAUUUUGAUGCCAACACCACAGGGAAGAUUUACUACAACAACUUCCUUUGGGCAUUUCUUCACUGAGCUUCAUUCAGAUGCUGCAAAUGCUUCAGAAAGCCUGGGACUGGGCAAAAACGGGCAACUGACCUGAGGCCUGAAACACUCAAGAGGCUCCAGAUUCACUUUGGGUUAAGACUAGGGUUGAUGGCAAAUGGUGAUAAUGGUGAGCUCCUUAAUGUGGUUUCUUUUAGCUACAGUAGAUGGGUGGAAAUAAUGGUCCAGGUGGUGCAUAGUUGUGUAGUACAUCUGACUUUACAGACCCACCACAAUGAUUCUUUGACCUUAGCCUGAGCGUGGUUGCCUUGAGCAGCUACUAUCGAGGCAAGAAUUUGAAAAAUAGAUGAAAUUUGUGAUUUUGCAUAACUGCUCCGUGUAUCACUCACUUUUUUCUUAAACUUGUUUUUUACAAAGAUGCUGAGAAAAGACAGAUUCAUAAAAGUGUUCUAAGACCGCAGACUUUAUUGCAGUCGUGUUCUUACAAGUCAAGUGCCAGCUAUUCCUAAUUAGCAUAGGG